AUGAGAUCCUUCGGCUAUACCGACCCAAACUUUCCCCCGCCAACAGGCGAAUGGGACACGCCCGUGAUCAUCUACGGCUACACCCCAUCCAUCGCCCUCGCCGGCCUCGCAGCCGCUCUCUUCUUCAUCUUCCUCGUGAUCCACACGACCCAGCUCCUCCGCCAUCGCAGCUGGUACUUCGCCACCUUCCCCGUCGGCCUCCUCUUCGAAAUCGUCGGCUACGUCGCGCGCUCGCUCUCCGCCAAGAAGAACCCCUAUAAUCUCAUCUACUUCAUCCUCAACUACUUCUUCAUCGUCACCGCGCCCGUCUUCCUCGCCGCGGGCAUCUACACCAUCCUCUCGGCGCUCAUCCACCGUCUCGGCCGCGCCUUCUCGCCGCUCCCGCCCAAGGUCGUGCUGUGGUUCUUCAUCACGUCGGAUGUGAUUGCGACGAUUACGCAGAUCUCAGGCGCGGCGCUGAUUGGGGUGAAGCAGUCGCGCCGAGAGGACCCAACGACGGCGAAUAAUAUCUUGUUGGGUGGGUUGGCGUAUCAGGUGUUUUCGAUCGGGUGCUUUGUUGUCACCACGGGCAUUUUCCUCUUCAGGGCGAGGCAUAUGAUCAGGGAGCAUCGGCUGACGGUCUUCGUGUCGGCAUUUUCGGCGGCGACGCUGCUUGUGUACCUGCGUACCUGCUUUCGUCUCGCGGAGACUGCGGAGGGCUUGGGAGGGCACCUGUACUCGAACGAGGUUUUUUUCGGCGUGCUUGAGUUUGCGCCAGUGGUGUUGGCUGUGAUACUCUUCGCGGUGUGGCACCCUGGCCGAUGCGUUGCCAAGAAGGUUUCGGGGGGUCUGGGGGAUGUCGAGAAGGCGAGGAUACCGAGUCACGAGUCUGCUCAGAAGUAG